CAAGCCUUGUCUGUGAGCGCUGCUGCUCCUGCCGUCCCACGGUGCUGCCACCAUGGGCUCCCUGGUCUCCCUCCCCACCGGCGCCGCCGCCCCUCCGCGGGCCGGGACGCGCGUGGAGGACGACGAGGACCUGCUCGACAGCCGCGACCGCAAGGAGGACAUCGCCAGGUUCCCCUACGUGGAGUUCACGGGGCAGGACAGCAUCACCUGCCCCACGUGCCAAGGCACCGGCUGCAUCCCCACAGAGCAGGUAAAUGAGUUGGUGGCUCUGAUUCCCUACAGCGACCAACGGCUUCGUCCGCAGAGAACGAAGCAGUACGUGCUGCUCUCCGUGCUGCUCUGCCUCCUGGUGUCCGGCCUCGUCGUCUUCUUCCUCUUCCCGCACUCUGUCCUCGUGGAAGACGAUGGCAUCAAAGUGGUUCAAGUCUGGUUCGACAAGAAGAACUCCGUCGUCAUUCUCGCCAUCACGGCCACUUUAAGGAUCAAAAACUCCAACUUUUACUCGGUGACAGUGACCAGCCUGACCAGCCAGGUGCAGUACAUGAACACUGUCGUGGGGAGCCAGCAGAUCACCAACGUCUCCAGCAUCCAACCCCUGAGUGACAAACUGGUGAAUUUCACUGUGAAGGCAGAGAUGGGCGGACCUUUCUCUUAUGUGUACUUCUUCUGCACGUUUCCCAAGGUCAAGGUGCACAACAUAGUGAUUUUUAUGAGGACGUCCGUGAAGCUCUCGUACAUCGGCCACGUCACGCAGAGCGCCCUGGAGAAGUAUCACUACGUGGACUGCAGCACCAACUCCACGGCCUUCCCCGAGCCCCUGCCCACCCCGUCGGGCACCAGGAAGGGUGGCCCGUGAGGGCCCGCGUCCCGUUUGCCAUGGGAGGUGCCUGUGCAGACAGAUACUUUCCCCUCCGUGCUAAAUGAGCUGUGAAAAGGACUGUGGACUUUUGAAUGGAAGCAGAAGGAUCCCGGAUAACUCUGACCCCCGGAGCUCUGGGUUCUGCACUGUUCUGCAUUGCUGGCCUGUUGCACGGAUCGCUUCCAGUGGCAACACCUCCUCAGCAUGUUUCAAGGCAAGACUUGAUAAAAAGGGAUGGCUUCCUGCAAGGAAUGUGCAGAUAAAGCGCCCGGCCUUCAUCUGCGCCGAUAAAACUGGUGUUAGAAGGGAAACGACCUGAAAGCCUCUGGUUGUGCAGGCUUGCUUUGUGACAGCAGCAAUUUGAGGCCAGCGACACCAAAACUCCCCGGUGACGAGGACGACCUCAGGAAGGGCAGCACGGCCGGGACGGAUGCGGUGCUGAAGAGCUCGGUGCUCCUCUUCCUCCCUUGGAACUCCUGCUGCUGCUUUCUGGAGAUUUGGGACAGAUCCAUGAAGGGACAGUCCCCUGGAAUCCUCUUUACCCUGUGUAUUCCCUGUAGGAAUUGAGACUUAAACAUGCAGGCGCCUCUGUGCUGGUUUCCUUUGAGUGCCCUUUGGGCAAAGGAGCAGAUUUAAACCCAUUUGGAGCAAGUUAGUGUGGAUUUCUCCCUUCCAAAGCACCCUUUGUUCCAGAAGGAUGCGAUUUUGCUCCCAUUUAAUCCCUGCAGUCUCCUGCAUCUGUCCCUGGGUUGGGGACAUGCAGGGGAACAGCGCGGAGGCUGUGACGGCAGCUAUUGAGAUUGGGGUGUUUUUAUUUCAAUGAAGGAUUCUUUAUUUGGGGUGAAUUUAGAGGAAAAAAAUGUGAAUUUUUAAGUGGCACUUCUGC